GGUCGAGAUCGACUUUUCUUGUAUAAAAGCGGGUUCCCUAUUAAAAUAACACACAGUCGAACAUUGAAAAUUGGCGUCUCUAGUCGGAAGUUUAAAAGUGCAUUUUGUACGAGUACUAACAUAGUUAGUGAUAACAUAAGGAUAACCGCGAAGUUCGAAAGUGAAUAGCAUUUAUAAAAAUGUCUACGUUUCCGAGUACUUUUGACGUUGACACCUGGGAGCGUUGGCUGCAAGAACGCAGAAAGCGCUUCUUGGAGACCAGUCUCUUUAACCGAGAUCGCCUAUCACUAUCACUGAUUUCGCCAUUAGCCACGCCAAUACCCACACCGGAUGAAAGCGCGGCACUGUUCCAAUUCCCAAAGUUAUCCAUUAGCUCCGAUAAGAGCAAACCCCUAACGACAGUGGAUAAGGACGGUUUUACAGCUUGCAUCGACAUUCAACAUUUCAAACCAGAGCAGAUCACUGUUAAAACUGUCAAAGAUACAAUCAUAGUUGAAGCAAAACACGAAGACCAAGAGGACGAGCAUGGAUUCAUUUCUAGGAGUUUCUACCGGAAGUACAUCCUGCCCCCUGGCUAUGACCCAAAAACUGUGGUAUCGACCCUGUCAUCUGAUGGUGUUCUAACCAUCAAAGCCCCGAAUCCAGUUGCUGCUAUCGAUGAUAAGGAACGCGUCAUUGAAAUCCAGAAAACUGGCGCAUCGAAACCAGCUCCUGAAAAACCAGAGAAAUGAAGAAGAAUCUUUGAGGAAUGAUUUGUUUCUUGGAUAAAUGCCAAAUUUUAUAUUUAUAAUAUCUGUUGAACGUUUUUGUGAUAUUUUUUUUACUUGACUAGAAUUUUCGAAUAAACCGAUCGUUUUGUAAAUAUA